GGCUUUGAUGAUCCCUGUUCUGGAGGAGAGAAAGCAGAGAUGCAUCACCUCCCCCAAAUCACAAACUCGGAAAGGACAGACACAUCACUUUCCCCUAAAUCACAAAGUCGGGAAGUGACAGAGCCCAGUCUCUGUCACUGCCUCACGCUUUGUGCCCCGACAAGGCAAACUGGACAAGUGCCAUUCUAGAGAAGUAGACAAAAUUCAAGUGGAGGAGAGGGGAGGGAAGGCAAUCAGCUCAGGCCUGCUCCGGCAUCCCAGCUGAGGCUGUCGGAGGAGGGAGGCACACAGUUGUGGAUUUUGUUCCCCUUUUUGCAUACUCAUCAGCCUGGCAACAGAGUUUUGUGCCACUGUUCAACAGUGAGUGAUGUCAUGGGCACCGCCCGGUCUUUAUCACUUCUGCUGGAUAAAUAGCCAACCGCACUGGGUCUGGAGAGACAGGAAGGUGCUGUGCGGCAGAUACCUGGGGCCUCAAAGAAGCAGUGGCCACCAGCAUGGGUGCAGGCCCUGACGGGUCCUACUUCCCUGGCAAUCACUGGCUCGCCUUCUCCGUGUACCUCCUCACCUUCCUGGUGGGGCUCCCUCUCAACCUGCUGUCCCUGGUGGUCUUCGUGGGCAAGCUGCGGCGCCGCCCGGUGGCCGUGGACGUGCUCCUGCUCAACCUGACAGCCUCGGACCUGCUCCUGCUGCUGUUCCUGCCCUUCCGCAUGGUGGAGGCGGCCAGUGGCAUGCACUGGCCCCUGCCCCUCAUCCUCUGCCCGCUCUCUGGAUUCAUCUUCUUCACCACCGUCUAUCUCACAGCCCUCUUCCUGGCAGCCGUGAGCAUUGAGCGCUUCCUGAGCGUGGCCUACCCGCUGUGGUACAAGACCAGGCCGAGGCUGGGACAGGCGGGUGUGGUGAGUGUGGCCUGCUGGCUGCUGGCCUCUGCUCACUGCAGCGUGGUCUAUGUCAUGGAAUUCUCGAGGAACUCCUCCCACAGGCAGAAUGCCAUUGAGACUUGCUACAUGGAGUUCCAGGCGGACCAGCUGGCCAUCCUGCUGCCUGUGCGGUUGGAGAUGGUCGUGGCCCUAUUUGUGGUCCCCCUGCUCAUCACCAGCUACUGCUACAGCCGCCUGGUGUGGAUCCUCGGCAGGGCAGGCAGCCGCCGACGGCAGAGGAGGGUGGCAGGGCUGGUGGUGGCCACGCUGCUCAACUUCCUCGUCUGCUUUGGGCCUUUACAUAUGUCCCAUGUCAUGGGCUUUGUCCAGGGUGAAAGCCCGGCAUGGAGGAUCUACGUGAUGCUUCUCAGCACCCUGAACUCCUGUGUCGAUCCCUUUGUCUACUACUUCUCCUCCUCUGCGUUCCAAGACGACUUCCACAGGCUUCUGGGGAGGCUGCGUGGGCUCUGUGCUCCGUGGCGGCAGGAGGGCAGCGUGGAGCUAAAGGAGCAGAAAGGAGGGGAGGAGCACAAGGAGGAUCUCACAGAAGAAAGGAGGAGUAGUGGACUGUAGCAGGGCUGUGGAAAGGAUGGCCAGGUGGCCUGUGCUGGAAGCUAGGUCCUCUGGGGCAGGUGGGUGUAGCUGGCGUGUCAUCCUCAGGGUCCUUCCUCGCCCGCACAAGGCGGGACUUGAGUGGUGAGCUGGGAAUCAAUGGGGCUUGGGGGUGGAGCAGGCGCCCAGCCUUCCUAAGGGUGUGCGCCCUAAAGCUGAGCUCUUGCUCUCACCUCCAUCCCCAUCCACCCACACUCUAUGGAUUGGGCUCUGGGAAGGGGUCAGGGUGAGCAGCUGCUCUGGAGAACACUGAGGUCCUCAUAGCAGCAGGCGACUCCUGUGCUUUUCUGCCAGUGGCACAGGAGCUAAGAGCAGUGCCCGGGGUCUGACCACCUUAGGCAAUGUAGCAAGACUCCUUUCUCCAAGGAAAAAAAAAAAUUAGCUGGGCAUGGUAGCACAUGCCAUAGUCCCCGCUGCUCAUGAGGCUGAGGUGGGAGGAUCGCUUGAGCCCAGGAGGUUGAGGCUACAGUGAACUGUGAUUGUACCACUGCACUCCAGCCUGGGCAACAGAGCAAGACCAAGAAAAAAGAGAAAGGAAGGGAAGUGA